GUCAUUUUUUUUUACAUCUUUUAUAUUUAUUUCACAGCCUCAGAGCGACCAAAUGAAACGGAGCUUUGAAUAAAAUGACAGAUUUCUCUGGGUUUGAACUUUCUUGGAAACAUUUGGGAGAAUGGAAGGAGACAACUCAACUACACCGAUCGUAGGGGAAAACGCUCACGCCACGCAGCCAGUCUGUCGCCGGCCUAACGUGGGAUAUCCAGAGAUGUUAUUGAAGAUUUCAGAGAAAAGGUGGAAAAGAGCCCUGAACUCCAUCCUGAAGCACUUGACUGAGCAACAAUACACAGAGAUGCUGUUCUUUCUGGACAAAAUCCCUCAAGGAGUGAAGAAGGGAAAGGCCAGAGAAGAUAUCCCUAAUUUAAUCGUUGAGCAUUACGGGACAGAAAGGUCCAUCUUUAGAAUAGAUACAAUAAUGAAGAAGAUACCAAGGCAAGACGCUGCAGUCCAGAAUUGGUUGCGCCCCUUUGUGGAGAAACUGAAAAAAAAACGGCAGGAAGAAAAAGAGAUGAGAAAAUCUGAAGUGGCCAAGGAGAACAAACCUGCAGCAGCCAAGAAGAAAAAAUCUGAAGUGGCCAAGAAGAAAACAUUUGCAGCUGGGAAGAAAAGAAAAUGUGAGGAGGAAAAAAAGCCUGCAGCAACUCAACAGAUGAAAUGUUACUCUUUUUUUGGGAAUCUAAUUAAGCCUGGCAGUCCAGUUAAAUCCAUUGAAGAAGUGAAGUCAUUUGCUGAUAAGACAGAAGUGAAUGUCAUUGGAGAAGUAACAAAGAUUGACCAUUGUGUCAAAACGGUUAAGGUGAAGUUCGACCCGGAAAGAAAGAGGCGACGAUUCCAACUAAAAGACAACACCAGUUCCAUCGAGAUCUUCAUGUGGGGGGACGCCACUGAGCUAUGCCAAACAUUAUCAGUUGGAGAUGUUGUUAAGGUUACCAACAUGAAGACCCAUCAUUACUCUCGACUUGUAUCGCUGAACUCUACUGUAUACACCAGCAUUGAAAAGAUGGAUCCUUUUGCAGCUGUGAAGCCCGAAAAGAAGAUCCUCCAAAACAUCCUACACCUCCCAGGGCCAAGUGGAGCAAUUCAACAGAGGAAUGUCCCAACAGAAGACAGCGACCCAACAGAGGACAGCGACUCAUCAGAGGACAGCGUCCCAACAGAAGACAGUGUCCCAUCAGAGGACAGUGUCCCAACAGAAGACAGUGUCCCAUCAGAGGACAGUGUCCCAACAGAGGACAGCACCUCAUCAGAGGACAGCGUCCCAACAGAAGACAGUGUCCCAUCAGAGGACAGUGUCCCAUCAGAGGACAGUGUCCCAACAGAAGACAGUGUCCCAUCAGAGGACAGUGUCCCAACAGAAGACAGUGUCCCAUCAGAGGACAGUGUCCCAACAGAGGACAGCACCUCAUCAGAGGACAUCGACUCAUCAGAGGACAGCGAGCAACCCAAAAAAAAGCUGUCCAAAGAUCGGGCAGAGUUUAUAAAAAGAGUGUCUUUUGCUGAUCCGAACCAGCUCCUGGAUAAACUCCUUGAGCGUGGUGUUAUAAAUGAUGAGGAAAGGCAGUCAGUCAAAACAAAAACCAGAGUGUAUAAUGCACAAGCUGUGAUCCACAUGGUGCGAAGAAAGGGACCUGAAGCCCGCUCACAUCUAAACAGUCUUCUCCGUGAGCAUCAAUACGUUUCUGGAACAACCUCCCAGAAAACUGCAGGUCUGCUGCAACUCAGUUCUUUUAAAUCAAGGCUGAACAUCUUUUUUAAGUAAUUGCUUAUUUCUUACACUGUUACUUUUAUUCUUAUUUUAUA